UGAAUGACGAGAGCUUCGCCACUAACAUUCGGAUCCUGUGUUCGUCUCUAAGCCCUAAUCAUCUGUGGGUUUGCUCUGUCUCGUGGAAGGAAGUCGAGACGAGCGCUUGGAGAUCGUAAUUGGUGUUGUUUCGGCUUCAGGUCGCAGUAUGCGAGGCUGGUAGUUGAGCUCACGAAUGUAUACUUAAGGCCGCAUUUGUGAUCAAUCCGCAACAAUAUAUCUAUCGAAGAUUGGAGAGGAGUUCGAGCAAUCUGGAGGAGAGCAGUUUGUCCGACAUGUUGCAGCUCCCAGCGACGGAGGCAGCCGCGUGGGUACCUGGAUCCCCAUUCAGGUUGCCUCCACCAUCCCCUGCAUCAUCUGACUUCCCAUUUUUGGGAGAAGCUGUGAUUCCAUUGGUUAAUAAGCUCCAAGAUAUAUUCUCCCAGCUGGGCAGCUCUUCCAAUAUUGAUUUGCCCCAAGUAGCAGUAGUUGGGAGCCAGAGCAGCGGAAAAUCUAGUGUGUUGGAGGCACUUGUAGGACGCGACUUUUUGCCAAGAGGUUCAGACAUAUGCACUCGACGGCCUCUCGUCUUACAGCUGGUGCAGACCUCACGGAGGCCUGAGGAUCGGACUGAAUUGUUGGAAUGGGGCGAAUUUCUUCAUGUUCCUGGUCGACGAUUCACGGAUUUUGGAGCAAUCCGUAAAGAGAUUCAGGCUGAGACUGAUAGGGAGCUUGGGACGAAUAAGGGAAUUUCUGAGAAGCAAAUCCGCUUGAAGAUAUUUUCUCCGAAUGUUUUAAAUAUAACACUAGUGGAUCUUCCUGGAAUUACCAAGGUGCCUGUUGGUGAUCAACCCACUGAUAUUGAAGCCCGCAUACGGACCAUGAUAUUGACCUAUAUUAAGCAUGAAACUUGCAUCAUUUUGGCAGUCUCUCCAGCAAAUGCCGAUCUAGCAAAUUCAGAUGCGUUGCAAAUGGCACGCAUUGCUGAUCCUGAUGGAUCUCGAACCAUUGGGGUGAUCACCAAGUUGGAUAUUAUGGAUAGAGGAACCGAUGCACGUAAUUUUCUUCUAGGGAAUGUCAUUCCAUUACGACUUGGCUAUAUCGGGGUUGUAAACAGGUGCCAAGAGGAUAUUAUUGCAAAGAAGUCCAUCCGGGAUGCGCUGACGUACGAAGAAAGCUUUUUCAGGAGCAAGCCUGUAUAUCAUAAUCUGGCUGACAGAUGUGGCAUUCCUCAGCUGGCGAUUAGAUUAAAUACGAUUUUGGUGCAACACAUAAAAGCGAUACUUCCAGAUUUGAAAGCGCGCAUUGGCAUUCAGUUGGUUACUCUUCAGAAAGAGCUUGCUAGUUAUGGGGAAAUCACUGAAUCCAAGUCAGGGCUUGGGGCGUUGCUGCUGAACAUUCUCACAAAGUAUUCUCAAGGAUUUCAAUCUGUUGUUGAUGGAAAGAACGAAGAGAUGUCAACUACAGAACUUUCCGGAGGAGCCCGUAUCCAUUAUAUUUUUCAAUCUAUUUUUGUGAGAAGUUUGGAGGAAGUAGAUCCAUGCGAUGAUUUAAACAACGAUGAUAUACGAACAGCUAUACAAAAUGCUACCGGGCCCAAGAAUGUACUUUUUGUACCCGAGGUACCCUUCGAGUUGCUAGUGCGCCGACAGAUUGCUCGAUUAUUGGAGCCUAGUCUACAGUGUGCUCGCUUCAUUUACGACGAACUUGUGAAGAUUUCUCACAGGUGUGAAACACUUGAGCUGCAACGGUUUCCGCACUUGCGAAGGCGCAUAGAGGAAGUGGUAGCAAGUUUCCUGCGUGAGGGUUUAUCCCCUGCAGAAACCAUGAUUGGCCAUCUCAUUGAAAUGGAGAUGGAUUACAUCAACACAUCACAUCCUGCUUUUAUAGGUGGAAGCAAGGCUGUGGAGAUGGCUUUGAAUCAGCAAAGGCAUGCCAAGACGCUGGCUUCUAAGGAUGUACAGGAUUUAGAGCGUCCCUCUUCUUUGCCAGAAAAGCAAGCAAAGGCACGUGCAAUUUUGGCUCGAACUAGUGCCGCAUCUCUUACUGCCCAUGAACAGGCUGCACCGAGAGUUUCAGCUGCAGCUCCAGAGAAGGCCACUACUUCCAGUGAGUUUUCGUAUACCAAAAAAGGUAGUUCUUCGUCUGGAAGUUCCUGGGGCAUAUCCUCCAUAUUCUCCUCCAGUGAAGUUCGUCAAUCUGCGAAUGGCAGCAGCAAGGAGCAUGUACCUGCUCGAAGCUACGCUGAACCUGUACAAGCACCAUUAGAAUCUUCUUUUUCAAGCAUUCAAUUGCGAGAGCCACCAGCCACUCUUAGAGCGAGUGAUGCUCAAGGCGAGCAGGAGACUCUGGAAAUUGCUGUGACUCGAUUGCUACUUAAGUCCUACUAUGACAUUGUGCGGAAGAAUAUUCAAGACUUAGUACCGAAAGCUAUCAUGCAUUUCCUGGUCAACCACGUGAAAAGGGAACUUCAUACUGUAUUUAUCAGAAAGUUGUACAGGGAGAAUUUGUUUGAGGAGAUGCUUCAAGAAAAGGAAGAUAUAGCCGUUAAGAGAAAGCGUUGUAAAGAAAUUCUGCGAGUUUUACAGCAAGCUGCUUGGGAAUUGGACACCAAUUUUUAUUGACUUUGGGAGUUGAUGCCACAAUUUUUCUAUAGAAUAGGUUUUUCAAGUAAUAAACGUAGCUUAGAUCAUGAUUUAUCAGAUUUUUGAUGACGAUGUUGUUUGAAUGGCGCCAUUCAGACCCUGCUUAUUUAGACCCUAUUCUAUUUAAAUUAGCUGUUUGGAGUCCACUUCAAUCAGACAGUCUUGUCACUAAAUUUCUAUUUAAAAUGGCAGGGCUUUUUAGUGAGCCUGAUGUUUUGGUUUGUCUGCAAAUGAUGUUUCGAGAUUUUAUCACCGAUUGAAUUGGUUUGAAGUAUUUUGACGGAACUUUACAUGUAA